GCGGCUGAGCGGAGCCGGCUGCCUGGUCCUUGGCUCAGCUCUCGGCUGCUCCACCGCGCUCGGCUGCCCGGGGUGGGCACCCGGAAGCAUGAAUGCGCCCGCAACUCUGCCCCCCGGGGGCGAGGACACCACCUGGACCCCAGGGAUCAAUGCCAGCCUGGCUCCGGAGGAGGAGGAGGAUGCCGUGCGGUCCGACGGCUCGGGGACAGCGGGCAUGCUCACUAUCCAGUGUAUCUAUGCGCUCGUGUGCCUCGUGGGUCUGGUGGGCAACGCCCUGGUCAUCUUCGUGAUCCUACGCUAUGCUAAGAUGAAGACAGCCACCAACAUCUACCUGCUCAACUUGGCCGUCGCCGACGAGCUCUUUAUGCUCAGCGUGCCGUUCGUGGCCUCGGCGGCCGCCCUGCGUCACUGGCCCUUCGGGGCGGUGCUGUGCCGUGCAGUGCUUAGCGUGGAUGGCCUUAACAUGUUCACCAGUGUCUUCUGCCUCACCGUGCUCAGCGUGGACCGCUAUGUGGCUGUGGUGCACCCUCUGCGUGCCGCCACCUACCGGCGGCCCAGCGUGGCCAAGCUAAUCAACCUGGGAGUGUGGCUAGCGUCCUUGUUGGUCACCCUGCCCAUCGCAGUCUUCGCUGACACCAGGCCGGCUCGUGGGGGUGAGGCCGUGGCGUGCAACCUGCACUGGCCUCACCCAGCCUGGUCUGCCGUCUUCGUGAUCUAUACUUUCUUGUUGGGCUUCCUGCUCCCGGUUCUGGCCAUCGGACUGUGCUACCUGCUUAUUGUGGGCAAGAUGCGCGCAGUGGCCCUGCGGGCCGGCUGGCAGCAGCGGAGGCGCUCAGAGAAGAAGAUCACGAGGCUCGUGCUGAUGGUGGUGACCGUCUUUGUGCUGUGCUGGAUGCCCUUCUACGUGGUGCAGCUUCUGAAUCUUUUUGUCACCAGCCUCGAUGCCACCGUCAACCAUGUGUCCCUCAUCCUCAGCUAUGCCAACAGUUGUGCCAACCCUAUUCUCUAUGGCUUCCUCUCUGACAACUUUCGGCGCUCUUUCCAGCGGGUUCUGUGCCUGCGCUGCUGUCUCCUGGAAACGUCUGGAGGUGCCGAGGAAGAGCCUCUGGACUACUAUGCCACUGCUCUCAAAAGCAGAGGGGGCGCAGGAUGCAUAUGCCCUCCACUGCCCUGCCAGCAGGAGCCCAUGCAAGCAGAACCUGGCUGCAAACAAGUCCCUUUCACCAAGACCACUACUUUUUGAAAACUAGUUCACCCUCCCUCGGCCCACCGGCAAGCAGGUCUGCACCACACUCUCAGCCCAGCAAAUUCAAGAACAACUCCUAUUUUCACUAAGCCAGCCCCUUUCAGCAGUGCGUGUGCUGUCUCCAGGAGCCUCAGGACCCCUGCUAGCUCCUCUCCUAGGACUGGCUCCAAGGACACCUCUAUGGGGUUGGUGGCCUGGGGAUCCUCCAAGUACUGGU